CAAACGAUACGCCAUGGGUGAGUGGCUGACGAAUCUCUGGGAGACGAAGACGAGGCGAGGAUGAUACGGUAGGUAGGGCAGGGCGUGGACUGCAACCACCACACCACACCAAUCCACCUCCUCCUCCUCCUCCGGCGGCGAUGGAGUCCCUGGGGGUGCUGCUGCUGGCGCCGAUGAACGCCUACCUGGAGCAGGAGCUGGCCCGGCGGUGCCGCCUCUUCCGCCUCUGGGAGUGCCCGCCCGACGCCCGCGCCGACUUCCUCCGCGCCAACGCCUCCUCCAUCCGCGCCGUCGUCCCCUACGCCCCGCUCGGGGUCGACGCCGCCAUGCUCGACGCCCUCCCGGCGCUCGAGAUCGUCGCCUCCUUCUCCGUCGGCAUCGACCGCGUCGACCUCGCCGGCUGCCGGGAGCGCGGGAUCCGCGUCACCAACACCCCCGACGUCCUCACCGACGACGUCGCCGACCUCGCCGUCGGCCUCGCCAUCGCCACGCUCCGCAAGAUCCCCCAGGCCGACCGCUACGUCCGCGCGGGCAGGUGGAAGUCCAAGGGCGGCUUCACGCUCACCACCCGGUUCAGUGGCAAGAGAGUUGGCAUCAUCGGGCUGGGCAGGAUCGGGCUCGCCGUCGCCAAGAGAGUGGAGGCCUUCGACUGCCCCGUCAACUACUACCAGAGGACGAAGCAAGCGUACCCGAACUACACCUACUACCCGUCGGUGGUGGAGCUGGCGGCGAACAGCGACGUGCUGGUGGUGGCGUGCCCGCUGAACGAGCACACCCGGCACAUCGUCAACCGGGAGGUGAUGGAGGCGCUGGGGCCGAAGGGCGUGCUCAUCAACAUCGGCCGGGGGCCGCACGUCGACGAGCCGGAGAUGGUGGCGGCGCUCGCCGACGGCCGGCUCGGCGGCGCCGGGCUGGACGUGUUUGAGGACGAGCCCAACGUGCCCGAGGCGCUGUUCGCGAUGGACAACGUCGUCCUGGUGCCGCACGUCGGGAGCGCGACGCACGAGACGCGCACGGCCAUGGCCGACCUGGUUCUUGCCAACCUGGAGGCGCACGUCGCCGGCAAGCCGCUGCUGACGCAGGUGGUGUGAGUGUUAUUGCUCUCAGCUGGGGGGCACCCAAGGAUGAAACCGGCGACGUCGGAGUCCGACAUGACGAGCCUCGCGACGUCGUCGCCGUCGCGGUCCCCGAAGGCCGGGCCGGCGUACUACGUGCAGAGCCCGUCGCGCGACUCCCACGACGACGGCGACAAGUCGUCGUCGACGCAGGCCACGCCGGUGUACAACAACAGCCCGCUCGACUCGCCGUCGCACCACUCCUCCUUCGGACGCCACUCCAGGGUCUCCUCGGCCAGCAGGUUCUCCGGCAACCUCCGGUCGGCGUCCGGGAGCCGGGGCGGCGGCGGCGGCGGCCGUAGGCGAAUGAACGCCAAGGGGUGGCGCGACGUCCACGCCAUCGACGAGGAGGAGGAAGGCGUGUAUGACGAGUUUGAUGAUGGCUAUGAGCCCUCGAGGUGCUGCGUCUUCGCCUUCAGGUUUUCGGUUCUUGUUGUAGCAUUCACUCUGCUGUGCCUGAUCAUCUGGGGAAUUGCUCGGCACUACAAACCUGAUAUUAUUGUCAAGAGCUUGACAGUGGGGAACUUUUAUGCCGGAGAAGGUACUGACCGGACCGGGGUGCCGACAAAAUUGGUGACGAUGAACAGCUCGUUGCAGAUAAAUGUUCACAACCCUUCUACGAUGUUCGGCAUUCAUGUUUCUUCGACAUCGAUUCGGAUCAUGUACUCAGAAAUCGCGAUUGCUAACGGUCAGUUGGAGAAGUUCUACCAGCCAAGGUCAAGCCAUCAUGUCGCCUCGGCGAUUCUUCACGGCGAGAAGAUCCCUCUCUAUGGAGCUGGAGCGACGCUCGCUUUGUCGAACUCGGGAGGUGCAGUGCCACUGACUCUAGACCUGGCAGUAAGAAGUAGAGGGUAUGUGAUUGGUAAGCUUGUGAGGGUGACACACACAAAGCGUGUGAAAUGCCCUGUUGUUAUCGAUUCUAGUAGCUCCAAGCCAGUUAGGUUUACCCAAAGUGCUUGUAGUUACACUUGAUGUAGUUGCCUUGGCCUUCUAUAAUCUCAAUAAUGGUUGUGAGUAAGUAGAUAUUUAAGGUCAUUCAUGACCUAAGCAACAGAUAUAUGAGCAGUAGUUUGUCUUCCAAUUUUACAGUGUUGAUAUCUCUUGCCAACAUAUUAUGUUGUCGUUUUAUCAGUGUUACAUGUAAGAGCAAUUUUACCAUGCUUAAGAAUAUAUCAGAAGAUACCACUAUUUUCUAUGUAAAA